GGAUUGUUGGGUAUGACUUGUAGCUCUGCAUGUUUUAAUCAUGGUGUCGAAACUACUCCAUGUUCCAGCCCCAACCUUACUUCCUCUGUAGAGUUUAGCGGAUUGUAGUUAGUCUGGGUGUCGGUGAGUGUGUGUGAGAGUGUGUAUAUGUGUGUGUGUGUGUAAAGUGUGUUUUCUGAACGGGUUUCACUCUAACAGAGGCUGAUCCGGGGGAGCAGGCCUGCACUGAGGCGAGGCCAUGGCAGAUUUUUCGCUUGCCGAUGCAAUUGCGGAUGACGCUCCCAGUCAAGCGCCCAGAAAUGCUAAUAUUAACCCAUCUGCCCCUGUAAACGGGGCUCCCCCUGCCACCAAUCCUGGCUGGCCUGGUGCAGCGCCGGGUGGCCCCAGCUUCCCACCGUCUGGUGGCCCAGCCCAGCCUUCUGCACCCGGUGGCUUCCCUCACUCUGGCCCUGGUGCCCCAGGUUCCUUCCCCCCUGGCCCUGGGGCUCCUCCAGGGCAGUAUCCCAGUGCCCCUUCUGCCCCAGCUGGAUACCCCCCUGGCCCUGGUAUGCCCGGACUGCCUCCCCAAGGACCGGGCCAGUUUCCUCCAGGUGGAGCACCCAUGCCAUACUCUGGGGGGCAGUUUCCCUCAAUCCCAGGGGCUCCACAGGGACCGUACCCGAACGUGCCUUACCCAGCCGGACCCCCAGCCCCAGGCAUGUACGGCCCUGGCGGCCCUGCAGCCUUUCCACCAGCUGGGGGCCCUGCGGCCUUUCCCCCUGCUGGGGGGCCUGGACCAGGCUUCCCUGGGGGUGCUUUUCCUCCGUUGCCCCCUGGCUCAUGGGGUGUGCCUGGAGGGGGCUUCCCUCCCCAACCCGGACCACCAUCGGGAUAUGGACCUGGACCCAUGGGGCCUUAUGGAGGGCCUGGUGCUCCUGGAGGCAUGCUGCCAGUACCGUAUGACCUGCCACUCCAUGCAGGGAUAAUGCCCAACCUCCUCAUCACUAUAGUAGGAGAACCUGUUCCUGGAGCAGACAGGUUUCAUGUGGACUUUGUGAAAGGCCCUGACGUGGUGUUCCACUUUAAUCCUCGCUUUCCUGAGCAGACCAUCGUCAGGAACUCAAACCUUGGGGGCUACUGGGGUCCGGAGGAGAGAGAGGGGGGCUUUCCUUUUGUGCAGGGCAGACAAUUUGAGCUGAAGAUCCUGGUGGAGGAGGAUGUGUUUAAGAUUGCUGUGGAUGGAGUUCACCUGCUGGAGUACGAGCACAGAGUGGGGGGGCUGGAGGAGGUCACACUGGUACGGGUUAUGGGAGACAUCACACUGUACAGCAUCGCACCCAGCAUGAUCUAACACACACGUACACACAGUGAACAUUUCGUCAUUUAUGAAAAUUCAGAAGACGUCAAAGUGUACCCAAACCUGUUCCUCCUGAAAUCUCUGUGUUGCAUUAUGGGAUGGAUCACCAUGAAACUGUGCACUGGAGAAUACGACCGAAGCAGCAUGUCGCCCGGGUCUCUCUGGUGUGCUGGAAGAUUUAAUGCUGGCUACAAACCGCAUACUUUACUUGCUAUCUUUGGACAUUUUGAUGCUGCCUUCAAUUCCUGUCAGAAAUAUCGUAUUUACGAGAUGAACACAUGAACAUAUAACCACAUGAACGCCACCACAAAUUUAUUUAGAUAAGCCCUGAAUUUCCCAGUUGGGGGCGUGUCAGUAACAAUAAAAAAAAAUUAAUUACGUUUAUUUAAAUGGAUAAAUAAAUUCAAUAAAUUGAUGCAGACAGUUCAUAUUGUAAACUGCUUAACACUUAAACACUUGCAGGUUGUUAUUAGCUAACUAAUAAAAUCACUAGCAAUAUGUGAUUUUUUUUAUUAUUCGCUUCAGUAGUGAAAAACAAUAUAUAAAUAAAUGAACAAAAGGAUUUUCCUAAUGGCUUCCAUUGACAUUCGAGCGCAUGUCAAGUGGUAAUUAAGACCUCCAACCUUGUAAGUAGGAAUUUCUGAGGAGGACUUGAACGCAGCAUGAGUGUGUUUACAUGCAGAUAAUAGUAUGAUCACUGAGGAGAAUUAUAUUUCUGCAAUAGUAAUUUCAACAUAUUUUCAGUAAUCUGUAAUCAGUAAUCAGAGUUUAUUAGAUGUGAAAUGUGUGUACAUAACUAAAAUAAGUAAAUUAACUAAAUUAGGGAAAAAAAUGUCUGGAGAGAGAAUUGGCUAUAUUCAAUGCUUUUAGGGAGCUUGAUAUGUUGAGUUAUAUUGAGUUAUGUUGUUUGGGAGUUAGAUGAUGAUUACUCAGCUUCAUGACCUCAAUAAGGUGAGAAAUACGGUGUGAAAUGGAAUUGGGUUGUAGUUCAACAUGAGUUUGAACUUUUGUUGAAUAGCCUACCUCGCCCUUCCCCAGCAUUUUAAAAUACAGCACUUUUAGCUGAUGCUCCCAACAGUCUUACAGUGCUAAUGAUAGGGGCAUAGCAUUGCCCAUUGAAUAAAUCACUUUUUUACACCAUUAACAAGCUUAAAAGUAGCUCCAAACUUCAUUAUCAUUAGUAGAAGUUUGAGGGCUGUUCAACAAAUGUUGUGCUGGUUGUCAUGUUUCAUUACACCUUAAGUCUAUUUUACACUGGAUUUCUCCUUUAAAUGCAAUCAAAUCCUCACAGCAACAGUGCUCCUAAAUAUAAUAAAAGCCUCACCUGGACAGUAGAGACAGUUACUCUGAUAAAAGAAUCAAAAAUAACUAUUCUAAUACCACUGAUUUGGGAAGAAACUGUGAAAAACAGGUGUCUCUUAUAUUUUAUCCAUGUAGUUUAUAUAAAACAUAUGAGGCAAUUCAGGAAACAAUUUUAGAAAAAACUAAAAUAUUCCUCUUAGUCCUCUAAUUUUUUUUGAUUGAAACAUUUGGUAGAACUGAAUAAAAUGUAUGAUAUUUUUAUUUCUGUUGUUUAAAGUAAAUAGUCUCUAAUGAUUUGGCUCCAAAUCACACAGAAAAUGUUAAUGACAAAUCAUUAAUGUGGCACUGUUUUACAGUUAAAAUGUUUUACAAUUGUUUAGCUGUUUUUAAUUGUUACUGUUCCAGGAAACUUGUCUUUAUUCUGUUUUGUUUCUCCUAUAGACAUAUAUAUAUAUAGACAUAUAUAUAUAUAUAUAUAUAUAUAUAUAUAUAUAUAUAUAUAUAUAUAUAUAUAUAUAUAUAUAUAUAUAUAUAAAUGAAAUCAGUUAGAUGUAAGGUGAAAACUUCAAAUUAUGAGUCACAUUUUUUUAAAUACUAUAACAGAUUUAAUCGGGUAAAAGAAACGGGAUAUUGGUGUGUAAAUGAAUCGUCUGAUAACUAACAGAAUCUGAUAAUGAUCAGAGUAUACGUGUGCAUGUAAACACUCUCAGUAGGUACACAAGCAUCUCUGUUCUCUGUUGUUUGACUGAACCACUAAAUUUAAUCUGGACUAGAACCAUAGAUACACAUAUUAGAGACCUGUCAUGAAGCUCUAACAGCAAAGUAUACUCCUAAGGUGAUGACACUAAAAUGCUCUUUAUUUUGCAAUACACUACACAGUAUCAGUGGGCUUUUUAACUUUCUAAAAAGAAGGAUGUCUAAUUUCUCAUAAUGUUUCAUUUUUAUUGCUUUUAAAAUAUACACAGUGCUAAUCUUUGCUAUGCCAGUGGUAUUUCAGUGGUAAGCUAACAGUGGUGCACAUUCACUUUCCCUCACUGACAUUAACACUGACUAAAGCUGCUGUACUUUAAACAUUAGCUAGUUGUAUAUCUGUGUUCUUACAGGGACCAUGUUAAAAUGACAUCAGAAUUUAAAUCUAAUAUGUGUAUCUAUGUUUAGAAGGGUUCUUUAUUUCAGAAACAUGAGAUUGAUCCACUCAAGCUGACAAACAAACACGGCUGUAGUUUUUAGUGCUGUGAUUUCUCUGUGCUGGUUCACUCAGCCUCCACUAUUUAGCAUGCAUACAAAUAUAGGACUGUUUAUAUUUCUUACUUUAGUGAAAUGCCAGAAAUUAGCUCUUUGCCAAUAAGGUACAGUGAAUCUGAUGCUGCACUGAAUUAGCUUUAGACGUGCUCCUCUCUGAGGGUGACGAACACGUUUAGAGUUUAUUCAGUGUGCUGUUUUCUCUGUACGGCAGCUGAUGAAGUGCAUUUAUACGUGUUUGUUUUGCUGCAGUUCAGUGAAACUCUGCUGGAAAUGUCCUCGCUGCGUAAAAACUGUGUGCUGGUGUGAUUUCUGGCGUUCAGAGACUGAUUAGAAACUGUCUCCUGUCUUUUUCUAACCAUAUGAAGAUGAAAUCCUGUGUAGAAAUGUUUCACUCAGUCAGUUAAAGCAGGAAACUAAUUGCCAAAGACUUUACAGUAGAAUUUACUGAAUGUUUGGAAUAAAGUAUUUAAACUAC